CAAAGCCCGUCUGGAAACAGUUUGCAAGGGGUAGUUUAAAGAAGAUUAAGCCGAAACAAAAUAUCGUUUUUAGCUACUUUAAGUUGACCUCUCAAGGCUCCAGUUUUGAUUAUUGGGCAUACAAAUCUUCAUUUCAGACCAUGGUCACAAAAUAAAAAUUGUACAAGGACGUUUUCGAGAAGAUUUUAAGCUGUAUGUGUCGAUUGUUGGUGUUCAGGAAUUAGCAAGCUAGUUAGCACUAGCCUAGAAAUAUUAGCUAGCUAACUAGCCUAGCUUGCUAACGUUAGCUUCAAGUAGUCUGAUUUUCAACUGAGAUGUUUGCAGUAUUUCUUGGAUGUCUACGGACGGCAGAUUGCUGAACCAGAGGGCCUCAAAUGGGAAAAACAAGCAUCGGACAGGAAUAUCGGGGAUAAGCUUCUCGACGUAACUCAGAUUCCGUUGAAGGAUUCUUUGGACCUCCCUACUGCAGCCCUUUUUUAAAGCAGGAUUUUAACGUCACCCAUCCGCAGACAGCCAUGGAAUCGUCUCAAUGCACCCCUUGUCCUGUGAGCGCCCAGGCUGUCGUGGAUCCCGUGCCCCUGCUGUUCAACUGACGGUCGAUGACGAUGCGAUGGAAGCGUGAAUGAGGUUUGGCGUGGCGAUAGCUGAACGAUGCCCAAGGGUGGGGGUUCAAAAACCCCCCAGCUGGAAGACUUCCCACUCAACACUGACAUGGUGGAGAAGCAGAGUGGGAAGAAGGAUAAAGUAUUGUCAAACAAGACUCCUAAAUUGGACCGCAGCGAUGGCGUCAAAGAGAUGAAAGAGAAGGCAUCCAAGAGGAAGCUUCCCUUCACUGUUGGAGCCAAUGGAGACCAGAAAGAUUCUGACUCAGAAAAGCAAGGUCCGGAACGGAAGCGCAUUAAAAAGGAGCCCACCAACACCAGGAAGUCAGGCCUGCCGUUUGGGAUGGGCAUGCCAGGGAUCCGGGCCGGGUACCCCCUCUCUGAGCGGCAGCAGGUGGCUCUUCUCAUGCAGAUGACGGCUGAAGAGUCAGUCAACAGUCCAGACACAACACCAAAGCAUCAGUCACAGUCAAGUCUGGGCCAGAAGGGAACGCCGAACUCUGCAUCUAAAACCAAAGACAAAGUAAACAAGAGAAAUGAGAGGGGCGAGACGAGGCUGCACCGGUCAGCCAUCCGUGGAGAGGCACGCCGCAUCAAGGAGCUCAUCAGUGAGGGAGCGGACGUGAAUGUAAAAGACUUCGCAGGCUGGACUGCACUGCAUGAAGCGUGCAACCGAGGCUACUACGACGUGGCCAAGCAGCUGCUGGCAGCCGGUGCAGAGGUAAACACCAAGGGCCUGGACGACGACACCCCUCUGCAUGACGCAUCAAAUAACGGGCACUUCAAGGUGGUAAAGUUGCUUUUAAGAUAUGGAGGGGACCCUCGACAAAGCAACAGAAGGGGUGAAACCGCGUUGAAGGUUGCGAACUCACCAACGAUGCUCAAUCUGUUGCUUGGAAAAGGCACGUAUACCUCCAGUGAGGAGAGCUCGUCAGAAUCCUCAGAGGAAGAAGAUGCCCCAUCGUUUGCCCCAUCCAGUUCGGUGGAUGGAAAUAACACAGACUCAGAGUUUGAGAAGGGCCUGAAGCUGAAAGGGAAGAAAGGGCUGGAUCAGCCCCUAUCCACAACAACCACCCCCGUCAAGGACGAGUAUGAGUUUGACGAGGACGAUGAGGAAGAGCGCGUCCCUCCGGUGGACGACAAGCACUUGCUCAAGAAAGAGUUCCGCAAGGAGUCUCCCAGUGUCACGAAGGCUGGCGGCUUAAUUUCAGUACCGAAGGGGGAAGUGGUCAAAACCUAUUCCAAAAGCAACUCGCUCACACCAAAGAAGGCUGUUAGACGGAUUCUCUCUGACAGCUCAGACGAGGAUGAUGGAACGUUGUGUUUCACACCUAUGCCCACACCACGGCAACCAGCGCCACCUACUAAUACCAAGGCCCGGGACUCUGCUACACUGAGCUCUAAACAGCAGAAAGAGAAGACUAAAGUUAAGAAGAAGCGGAAGAAGGAGACAAAGAAUAAUGUCAGUAAGGAGGUCAGAUUUGGUAAAGUCAAUGACAAAUUCUGCACUUCUGACUCUGAUUGUGGGGACAUAGGGAGUGAGGAUGAUGAAGGCUCCAUGAAGAGCUCGAACUGUAUAAAGGACUCCACAAUGAGCCUAAAAGAAUCCUCUGCGUUCAGUACUCACUCUGCAUCCUCUUCCUCCUCUUCUCAUGGAAGCAUGAGCUCUCAGAAACUGACUCCCUCGCUGACAGAGCAUAACCCAAAGCAGUGGAGGACAGACGGCUGGAAGACUGUGUCAUCUCCUGUAUGGUCAGAUGUAAGCUCCCUCUCUGACUCGGUUAGAACAAGGCUUUCCAGUGAGUCGGACUACUCCUCUGCCGACUCGAGUGUCGAGUCAGUGAAACAGGUGAGAAAGAAAGCACAGGAAAACAGAAAGAAAAACAAUGUGCACACCAAUGCACUAGACAAAAAGAACUCUGACUUUCACAAGAACUCCAACACAGAUAGUACAGUCUCCAAAACGGAUAAAGAUGGUAAAGUGUUGAAAAAGCAUAAAGUCAAACACAAGCACAAAAACAAAGAGAAAGAAAAGGCUCCCAGUUUAGUGCUCAAUCAAGACAUGAACGAGAAAUUUGUUAAAAGCUUCUCGUUUGAUUUUGAUGAUUCAAGGCAAAAGUCACUCCUUGUUGAGACCGAGUCCCCAGCUGAAAGCAAGGUCAAGCUGUCGAAACAUGAAAAAGAGCAUUUGAAAAAGGAGGACAGGUUGUCGAAAGGCAAAUCUGAGGACAGAGACUGGUCUUCUGGAAAAGAGGUGCAAAGAACUGCUAAGGAGGAGAAAUCCAAGAAAACAAGAGAGUCCACCAAGGAGAAGCCAAGCAAGGAGGAGAGGGAAAAGCCCUUGAAAACUGAAAAAGAAAAGAGCCUCAAGGAAAAAGAGAAGCCCAAGGAGGAGAAACAACAAAAGACUCAUAAAGAGGAGAAGAAGAAAAAGUCAAAGGACAAGUCAUCUAAACCAGACAGGAAGAGCAGUGAACAAAAAGAGGAAAAACAUAUUAAGGUGGAUAAGGAGAAAAAUGCCAGGGAGGAGAAGGAAAAAUCUAAGAAAGAAAAGGUUCUGAAGGAAGAGCCUGAUUAUGAAGUCUAUGAUGUCAGUAACCGUUUCUUAAACCUAGAAGACACCAAGCUCAGUGCCUCAGACGACCACCACGACCGAUGGGCGUCAGACCUUUCCUCUGACUGCGACCUAUAUGGAGAUGACAGCUGGGAUGCUCCUCCUGUGAAGGACUACAAAGAAUAUAAAGCAAACAACACUGUAAAGCUGAUCGUUGAGACUGAAAAAAUAGAGAGCAGAGACCGGAGGAAGGAGAACAAAAUCAAAGACAAGAAAUUAGAUCAUAAUGACAAACGGUCAGAGAAAGAGCCGACCUCCAAGAAGAAAGAGAAAGACUCUUCAGAAAGAAUCUGUGACAAGAAAAAGGAUUUGACCGAAAAACAGAAACUCAACUCCAGCCACUCUGUGGAAAAGGAGAAGAAACGAAAGGAAUCUGCAGAUACUGUCAAAGAGAAGAAAGAGAAGGACUCCACAGACAGCAGUAGAGACCGAAAAGAUUCCUAUGAGUUCACUAAAGAAAGAAAGGACUUGAAAAUCAAACAGGAGUCCAUAAGAGACGAUUAUGGGAACGAGGCCUCCUUCAAAGAAAUUGAACCUGUUGGCAAACCAUGUGAAAUUAGAGAAAGGAACCACUCUGGAAAAGAGAAGGACAGAAAGGGAGAUGGGGUGGAAAAGAGAGAAAAGACUAAAGCUGACAAACACAAGGAAAAGCCUAAAGACCGAUCUAUAGAACAGGAUAAGGAGAAGCCUGAGAGGACCUCAACUGAGAAGCUUUUGAAAGAAAAAGACACAGAUAGAGGCUUUAAAGACAAGAAGGAGGGAGCUAAAGACAAACACAAAGACAAGGACAGGAAGGUGUCUUCAGAACAAACUAAGGACAAGAAAGAAAAGGCUUCGCAGGACAAGCAUGCUGACCGGGAUAAAGAUGUCCUUGAGGUGAAGAAGGAGGAGCGAAAACCUGAGAAAGUUAAACCUGAGAAAACAUGGUACAAGAUCGCAGACAUUUUCACAGAUGAAAGUGAGGAUGAAGAAGACAAUUACAAUGGGGGUGUGGCCAAGUUAAGUGAUUCCCUUGGGUUGUCCGAUUCUCACAGGAAAGACUCCACAUCUGACAGGGAUGAGCUUGAUCACUUCCAAACGGAAAAGCCCAGAAAAUAUUCUGCUGAGGCCAAACACACAACAGAAAAACAGAAAGAAAAAGACCACAAGAAAAAAGACAAGACCACAUUUGAUAUGGGGAAAGAGAGGAAGGGUUCGUUAGAGAAACACAACAAAGAUAAGAAAGUAAAGGAUUCUGUUGAUGCAAAACACAAAGAACGCAAAGACAGAAUGUCUGUGGACUCAAACCAAGAGAAGAAAAACAAGCAGAAGCUGUUGGACAAGAGGGACGCCAAUGAGGAAAAGACCAAGAGUAAAUAUAAAGACAAGCAAGAUCAUGUUAACGACAGAAAGCCCUCAAAGGGGAGUGGGGAAAAUGAAAAGUCGCUCUUGGAGAAGCUAGAGGAAGAGGCCAUGAAUGACUACAAGGAUGACUCCAAUGACAAGAACAGUGAGUUAUCCUCAGACAGCUUCACUGAUCAGGGUCAUGAGCCAGUGCUCAGCAGCUACUAUGAUUCCUCCAACAUCAGCCUUCCAGACAUUACUGAUGAGAGACGAGACUCACUCUCCAUAUCUAAUCCUCAAGACAAGUUCAGAGAGAAAGAGAGGCACCGGCAUUCAUCUUCGUCAUCCUCCAAAAAGAGUCAUGACAAGGAGAAAGACAAAGUCAAGAAGGAAAAAGGGGAUAAACAAGACAAGAUAGAGGAAAUAAGAGAAUCCUAUGGACGCAGAGAAAGUCUGCCCUUCGAGAAAGAGCCUAUGCCAUUAGAAGCGGACCCUUACACAUUUCCAUUUGGGUCUAAGGGUGAUAAAGAUGAUUUUGAGAAGACAUUGGAGUUUGAAAAGGAGAUGUCUAAAAAAGCCGACAAAGACAAACUGAGUACUGUCAUCAGUGAUAAGAUCAAGGACAAAAAGAAAAAAGAGAAACAUAAGGAGAAAGUCAAAGAGGAGAAGCACAAGUACACGGAUGGCUUUGGAUCCCUUAAACACUCCAAGGAGGAUAUCAAAUCUGGAUUGAAAGAGAGUCCUCAAAUUACCAAUUUGAAGGAAAGAUCAAAGGAAGACAGUCCCAAAUUUGAUGUGAAAAAAGAGAGAAACCGAGACUCUUUGGACAAAGACAGUAGGGCGGACCAUGUUAAGUCCAAGGUUAAAGAAGAAAAUGAAAAAGUAAUUCAAUCUAAAGACACAGCUCGAAAAGACAACCGUCCACGUUCAAAGCUUCUGGUUGAUGGGGAUCUCAAACUAACCAGCUUUGGGCAAAUGUUAGGUUUAAAAGACCAGGAGAUUGAAGAACGCCAUAAGAAGCAUAAGGAGAGGAUGAAGCAGAUGGAGAAACUAAGACACAGAUCAGGGGAUCCUAAACUUAGGGAUAAAACUAAGUCCACUGAGGAAAUAAAGAAAAAUCGCAAUGAACUAUCAUCCAAAAAAUCAAAUAGUUUAGAAUCUGCAUUGAAAGAGAAGAAGCUCAAAGAUGUUGGUCUCCCAGCCCAAAUUAUGUCUCCGGAAAGAAAGCCACAACUCAUUGACACUCAAAAUUCAAAGGACUGGCUUGCAGGCCAACAGAUGAAAGAAAAUCUCCCUGCCUCACCUCGGCAAGAUCAGAAUAGACCAACGGGUGUUCCCACCCCCACAUCUGUAAUCUCUUGUCCCAGCUAUGAGGAAAUCAUGCAGACGCCACGGACUCCAUCCUGCAGUGCAGAGGACUACCCUGAUAUAAUGUUUGAUGGGUUAGAUUGUCAGAACUCAUCAGCCAUGGCCAUGUCUAUGAAUGCUUGCUCCCCAUCCUUCUUUGACAGGUACUCCAACUCAUCACACACCUUCCAAGAAGGGACUUGUAUAACUCCGGCUAAGAAUCUCCAGUUGCCCCUUGUCAGUCGAUCGGCUUCGUCUGAUGUUAGAAGACCCCUGGAAGAUGAGUUCAAAGCUGAAGCUGGCAAGUUUCUACAACACAUUUUGCCAGACCCCUCUGAGUUUGAUUUGGCAGCCUCCCAGCCUCCAGAAGACAAGGCAGCAUCAGUGGAAAGACUUGAAUGCCUGUCUCCUCCUUACUUCUCACCUAUUAGGAUGCUGUCUCCCGGGCUGGAACUUGCCCAGCCUGCACUAGAUGGGGCCACCACAGCAAUGACUGGCACAGAGACCUGUGAACACCUACCUGAGAGUGUCUACAACAACUUCCUGAUGAAGCCCUCAACGCCAGUCCACAGACCUGACCCCCAGGAGCCGUGUCUGGACAUUGCUGCUCCACCCACCCCUGCACCUGCUGCUCUUCCUCCCCUGGAUAUUGAUGACCUUUCUGAGCCUCAUCAAAGUGAGCACAGUCUUGUUCCCUCUGACCCAGUCAGUGGCAGUGAGUAUCUGCCCCCUGUUGUUGAGGAGGAGGAGGAGGAAGAAGAGGACUACGAAGAGGGGGAGGAGGAGGAAGAUGAAGAAGAGGAGGAGGAGGAGGAGGAGGAAGAGGAAGGGGACCUUGAAGAACCAACAGAUGCUGAUCAUCAUGCUGCUGAGGAGACUAGGGACGUCUGCUCAUUCUCUCCUCCAAGGGUUGAAGAGCCUUUGAGGAAGGGCUGGGCUGAAUCUCCUGAGAGAAGAGUUGCAGAGGUGCAUCAGUUGACUCCCCCACAUCCACCACCCAACCAGAUGGAGAACUCCAGUGAUCAUACCAUCAGCUGGAACUCGGAGAUGAUUUUGAAAUCUCCUCAAAGGACUUAUGGGGAAAUAGAGGCAGCGGUCUCCAAGAUAACCAGCCCCUUCUCACAUUCAGACAGUGAUUUGCAGCACAUUACUGCCAUACCUGGCCAUCCAUCAGUGACCCCUCCAUAUGCUGCUUACAGGUCUUAUGUGCCUGACCCUGACUUUGACGAGCAAAAAGAGGCUGUGGAGGACAUUCCAAUUUCUCCAGCAAGACCUGAAAUGACACCCAUGGAAUUGGAACCAAACUACUUGACAACCACCUCAUCCUCCACGAGGUUAGAGUCUUUCUUCACAGACUGCAAGCCAAACUUGGAGGAUAAUCACCAGAUGGACUCAGAGCUUUCUUGUGCAGUACAAGAUGGCAGACAAAACUCCCACGGCUUUACUUCUGAGAGCCAUAUGCCUCUAGCAGUAAGCAACGAGCCAGUGGUGCCCUGGACAGACCCGUUCUCAGCUACAGUGGAUGAGCUGGAUGAUCUUGGCCCUUUCUCUCUACCUGACCUCCCUUCUCUCUCCCUCCCGACCUCCCUGCCAGACAAGGAGAUGCCAGAGCUUGACGUCAGAGAUGCAGAGCCAGCCGACUACAAGCCUCCACCUGCUCAUAUAAGGCCUCCUGCUGUUGAAACAAUAGAGGGCGAAGAGCUUAUGGAAGUUGACCUGCCUAUCCUGGCCAAACCCCUGUGCCCUCCCGAGGUCCUACCACUCAAUGAUUCGUUGCAGGAUUUGGUUGUGCCCUCACCAAAACACAAUUUCCAACCAGAAUUUGAGUCUGAGCCUCAGAAUGUCCCUGAAAAUAACUUUGUGAAACCACAGGUCUUUGAAAACAGAGCCACAUAUGAAGAGACUGAUGAGAGUGAUGGAAACAUGAUGUUCUCAGCUGUUAAUACAAACAAUACUCAGCAUCACAGGCAGAUGUCACUGACCGAGUCAUUAUCAGUUGUAAUUACUCCAUGUAUGGACUCCUUGACAACUGUUAAACCAGAACAAAGUGGGCAGAUAUCAGAUCCCUUUGUUGGGCCAACUUGCAGUCCAGUCCCCUCAGUUCCUCUGCCAGUUGCUGUCACGAUUUCUGGUACAGUCCAUGUUUCGGAGGCUCUUGAGACAACAUCUAAGCUCACGGUCACUCUGACAACAUUGUCAACUGACCUUCCCAAGAAGGUGGAGGAGAUCCCACAGAGGAUGACCAGAAACAGGGCCCAGAUGCUGGCAAAACAGGAGAAUACCACCACCACCACCACCACCACCAAAAAAAGCAGAGUAGUAGAGUAG